GCAAAUACUAUUACCACGCUGAUACAAUAUUGAUUUUUUUUCUUUUUAGGGAAGAUUUAUCUCAAAAGAAUCGGCCAGUAGCAAGAAACAGCAAAGUCCCAGCUCUCUGCCAUAGGUGACAAGGCCAACUUGAGGAUGUGUUGUACCUCUGCCAACAAAACUGACGAUUUAGACAACAUUGAGUUUGCGAAGAACAUUAACAAAGGCAAGCAUUACGCCAAUCAUGCCAGUCAUCGAAAGAGUUUUAAGAGAGGCCAAAAGCUAGCGGCGAUCAACUAUAUUAGAAGAAGGGAGAUCUCCGUAAAGCCCGUGCUUUUGCUGGAGCGACUAAUGGGCUUUGGAGAGAGGGAUUAUAUCAAACCGUAACCAUUUCACCAUGAUGGUGAAUAAUGAUACGACCAUGGGCCACUGGAAGCAUCGACAAAGCUCGCCAUAUGAUGAUAGUAAUAAUAGGUCUAGG